CAAAUUUUAAUCAGCCGCCAAAGCUGCGACAGCGAACAUCAUCGAACUUGGGAGCCGGUUAAAAAAUAUUAUCACAAGAACUAGAACGGAUAAAACGAAGUGAAGAAAGUGAAAUGGCGCCCAAAUUGUCUUGUUUAUGGAUUGCACUGCUGCAACUUGUGAGCCUGGCUCUGGGUGAUGUCUCCCACUUGGAUUACUCCAUCACACCCAGUUCCCAGGUGGCCUACUACCAUUAUCCCGCCCCCAACCGACAGACUGUGCCAAGGGCCCAGAGAACCCAGUACCCACAGAUCCAGGGCCAGCAGUAUCCCCAGGUGGCCCGUCAGUUCGCCGAGCCCGCCUUGGAGCAGGCUGCCUUUACCCAGGCUCUGACCAGUCAGGGCUACGUGUUUGGAGCACCUUCAUCCCAGCUCCAGGUGGCUCCCUCGGCUCCUCAGCCCCAGCAGGUGGCCAGGCCUUCGGUUCCUUUGGCGCCUGGAACCAUAGCAGGGCGCUCCAUAGCCUCAAGUGCGGAUGCCAACUCCCUGAACCUCAAGCUGCCCGUGCCCUUUGGCAUUGCGCCCCUGAAUGUGGCACAGCUUCCCCUCCAGGCUGGAGCUCCCUAUGCCAGUGUGCCACGGACAACAGGCCUGACCUCCUAUGGAACACCCCAGAUCCAGAGGCGCUGAUCACGAGCAAACCUAAUCCUAACAUAGCUUAAUAAUACAUUUAAUCGAGCCAGAGUUAUCCCGACUGAUCAUCAAACUGCGAUGACUUCUGCUCUUAGUGAAUACACAUUGAUAAUAAACU